CGCCCUCUACCCCAGGAUAUAACACCGAUGAGUGUGUUCCGCCUCUGCUCAUUCGCGAACACCGGAGUUGAUGACGUUGCGUGAUGGAGAACGUCGGAAACGAUGCUCUACACGUGGUAACCGAUACGAGGAUAUGCCUGCAAGGACCGCGGAAGAUAUGGCUAUACCGUUUUGAGCAGAACUUCCGCAGGUACAGUAUCUCGCGCUCACGGCUUGAGUAACAAUUCAAUGUCGGAAUCUCACUCGUGUUACGUGCUACGACAGCGCAGCGAAGCGUAUAUAAUGGGCGAUUGCUGGGGAAAGAAAACGAGGCAGUAUCGCAGUGUUGGUUAAAUUGCAUAGAACUACCAAACGGCUCGCGAUGAUGCUAUCUGCGUUGCGAACCAUCCGAUCUCCGACGACACGCGCUGCAACACAGGUGCACACAGUUGCGACGCAACCCCAGAGGCGCGCGGGCGAUAUCUCGGAUGCCUUUGCCUCGCUUUCAGGACACGACUUCAAGCCAUUGACACCUGAAUAUGCCGAUCUCAAGGCCCGUCUGAUUCGGGGUCACGAAAGUGAAGUUCGGGAUUCAUGGGACCGCCUUCUUCGCAACCUGCGCGACGAGAUUCCGUGCAUUGUUGAGCAAGGCAGCAAAGUCAUUCCGGAUAUCGAUUUCAAGGAUAUCGACAAUGCGCCUGAAGCCUUCAGUAGUCAGCUGCGAGAGAGAGGUGUCGCUGUUGUCCGGGGCGUAUUGUCGGAACAAGAAGCCCUGCAGUGGAAGGAGGAUCUCAGAGAAUAUAUUCGGCAGAAUCCCCAGACAAAGGCUUUUCCUGCCGACAACCCUCAAGUAUUUGAGCUCUACUGGUCGCGCCCUCAGCUCCUUGCACGCGGAAACCCUAAUCUCCUCAAGGCGCACCGCUUCCUCAUGUCAUACUGGCACAGCACCAACCCGCAUAUUCCACUGUCUACAAAGCACCCGAUAAGCUAUGCUGACCGUCUGCGUUUACGUCAACCCGGGGACGCUAGAUUCUCAAUCGGACCCCACGUUGACGGCGGCAGCGUCGAGCGCUGGGACGAACAAGGAUACGGACUUGGAAAAGUGUACGACUCGAUUUGGAAGGGUAAAUGGGAAGAGUUUGAUCCCUGGGAGGCCAGCUGCCGUUUGCCCAUUGUUGCAGAUCUCCAUCAGGGUGUCGGAGCAUGUAACGCUUUCCGCAUGUUCCAAGGCUGGCUCUCGCUCUCUACAACCCGCCCACGUGAAGGCACACUUCUCGUAAACCCGCUCUUCGCCAAAGCAACAGCAUACUAUAUGCUCCGCCCCUUCUUCUCCCCCAAACGCGGCGUCGAACUAGGCGCGCAAACCGCAUCCGAAGCAACCACCAACACAUCUGCUUUCCUAUCCCCAGACAACUGGGAAAUGGACUCACCGCAAACAUCCUGGAUCCAUGGCGCAACACCCGGCCACGGCCAGGAACUCUCACACCUACUCCACCCGCAUCUGCAGCUGCAAAAAACAAUGAUUCACGUCCCGACUGUCCGGCCGGGUGACUACGUCGCCUGGCACUGCGAUACCAUCCACAGCGUCGACAAGAAGCAUCAAGGCACUUCUGAUUCUAGCGUCUUAUAUAUCCCCGCUUGUCCUAUGACAGAAGAUAAUGCAAAUCAUCUUGUUCGCCAGCGCAACAACUUCGUCAACGGAACGCCGAGCCCGGAUUUCGGUAGUGGCAUUGGUGAGAGCGGACAUGUAGGUCGCGUUCUGCCCGACGAGAUGCAGCAACUUGUUGGGGACGAGGGGUGUCGUGCUAUGGGGCUGCUGGAGUGGGACAGCGAGGAACCUGGGUUGGGGCCUGGGGAGAAGGUAAUACUUGAUCGUGCGAAUAAGAUUUUGGGGUUUUAUGAUUGAGAUGCGUAGGUAGGAGUGAUGAGCUGGUCUGAUUCCUUUUGUAUAGUUCCAAUAACGUCAUCAUGGCGGAUUUAGUUUUAGUCUAAGUAAGGUAUAUAUCUAUUAUAUUCUUCUCCUUUGUAUUACCUUACUUUCUUAGAGGAGGAAGUAGAGUUGGGGUGAGUAUGUGCAAGUUCCUACGUAGAUGCUCAGUUUGUGGCACCAAUACACACCGAUUGUUUUUUAUUUAUUCUAGUUUCUAAAUCCAAAC